AAUUCUACUGUGAAUGGUAAUGUAUACGACGGUUUGAAUUGCGUCGUUGUUUCAUGUUCGUGUUGUCGUACUCGUACAGACUGCUGACGAAACUCAAUAUUGCUUUUCUUUGCUUCGCUUUGAAUGUUGCCACUGUAGAAGAUUGCGGCUGAAUAUUUGUUGAACUCAACGUUCGAUUCUUUCAUAUUGAACCGUCGUCAUUUGCUCUUAUUUAAUUUUGUUUCAAUUGUUGCAGUGAAACGCAGUAUGAAUCAUUGUGAAGAAAAGGCAUAGCGGAAUAUGUUCAAUCAUCAGUUUCAAAUUUGAUUUGUACAAAUUGAGUUUGACGUUUGGCGCAUAGCUCACUGACAGAACAGUUUCCCGCAUCAAUUCAAGUGAACGUUUGCAACCGACGCUCACCAUUUUCGCUAGCAUCAUCAGAAAUACAGUGAGAAAUCAUCAAUUUGGUGGCAUUAAUUUCACAUUUGAAUAUUUUCUCAUAAGAAAAUUGUUGUGCUUAAGUCACUGAUUGUUAUAAAGACUCAUUGUGACAUAAAAUCGGAAACAAUUGAUGACGCAUUGAAUUUCAGCGUCUCAAAGUAUCGCUUCGCAAACCAAAUUCAUUACAAAUGCCAUUAACAAUUCUUAAUUGUUGCAUUGAAUUACAGAUGGCCGCAAAAAUGGAUGUUGAUCGGCACGUAAGCGAAUUCGGUUUGUACGACUUUCCAGAUGAAAUUCUAUUGCCAAUAAUGACUCAACUGGAUGAUAUGACUCUGUUCAACAUGACGCUCGUGUGCCGUCGAUUCCGAGCCAUUGCCAAAGAUGCCUUCAGCAAAAAGUACACGGGCAAAGGUGACGAAGGGUUCUUUGAAUUGAAAUUGCGAUGCAAUAAUCCGUUUGCAGAUAAGGUCAAACAUCGCCCAUAUUUCGCCACAUUCGGAGAAGACAUGGCUGCAAUUCGAAUUGUUGAUUAUUCAAGAAAUGUCGACCUUUAUCACUGGUUGAUUGGUCAGAUACGGAAUUGUUGUAAAACACUACGACACGCGUCGAUUUUCGGCGGAAAAGAGAUCAACUUGGGAGAGUUUAUUCGGUGUGUGCCGACAUUGUCUCAUCUGUACUUGAAAUCCGUCAAGCUUCUGAAUCAAUCUUGGGCAGAAUCGAAUUAUCCUCGAUUGAUUGGCUUUGAUGCGGCCGAUAUGAGAUUGGAUGAAAGAGAUAUGGUGCAAUUCAUUAAUAACAACCGCCAAUUGGAAGAGCUGAGCCUCAAAGGUAGAUACAAUGAGAUGGAUAUGCAUAUUCUUCAUUCGCUCGGCGGAAUAUUACCGAAAUUAAAAUCAUUGUGUUUGGACUAUCCUGUGUGGAGAGUUUUUGAUGAAGAACCGGACUCAAUUGAAUUGAACAGUUUGGAAACGUUUGAAAUAAGCGGCCAUGCUUCGUUCAUGGAGAUUUUGGGUGGAAUGACGUCGUGUCAAAAUCUGAGAAAAAUCAGCAUGAAGGCGAAUGAAAAAUGGGAUGAAAGUGUUUUUGAUGCUCUUGGCCGAUUCAAGAAAUUGGAAUCGCUUAAAAUGUCCGCAUAUGAUUUAAAACCCGGGCAGUUGGAGUACAUUGUUGAGCAGUUGCCACGCCUAUCGAAACUGUAUUUGGUUGAUGUUCAUAUUGAUGGAGAAACCGACUUCUACGAAUUCAUUUUACACUCCAUUCGAAUCGGUAAGAAGUUGGCAUAUCUUGAAAUUUCUAGCAACGAGUGGGAGCCAGAGCUAAGCUACCCUUUCAUCGCCGAACUUGGCAAAAUCACGAAGCACAAUCCGUUGAAAUUCUCACUGAUACGUUACAACGAGAGAAUUACUUCUCAACGAGGCGAAGUUCGGAGCAAAGAUUCGGUUUUAUAUUGGGAUGGGUAUGAUGCAGUUCACAGUCAAUCAGCAACGAACUUGUUGGACUUGAGCGACGAAUGCUUGCAGAGAAUUGUAUCGGUUUUGAGCAUCAACGAUCACCACGCCUUAUUCAACACAUGCCAAAAAGCGCGACAAGUGAUCAAAGAUGCAAUUUCGCAAAAUGGUCUCCGCCUGUUACACGCCGAUAUCUUUUGGCCAAAGACCAAUGGGAAGGUUGAGGAGAAGGUUUUUCAAUCAUUAGGACCACAUAUUCAUCGAGUCCAAAUUGACGGCUGGUAUAGCUGGUCUUCUGGGUGGCAUGUGUAUCACUAUCUCAACCAAUACUGCCCGAAUUUGGGCGAAUUGAGUAUGGUCAACAUGUCUCACAUUGACCGAUUUUUCUUCAAUGGAUGUUUGCCGUGACUGAACCUGAGUAAAAUCAAAAUAUUGUGCAUUGCGGAUGAUUACGGAAAACUGCGCCACUUUGAUCCUCUCAAGUUGACGCAUUUGGAAAUUGGAUACUUCAAAGCCGAUUUUUGUUUCAUGGUUCACACAAAUUACAUUCGUUAUUUGACUGUGCUGAAGUUUGGCUGCUUCAAUGACAGUGUCAACAAUUUUUUGAAGGGGCUAGAUGAUCACAUUUGCGAGCAAAUGCAAGAGCUUAUGUUGACCAACAUCACCAAAGGCUACAAAGAAUGGAACGAGAGAGAUGCUGCGGAAAUGCGGGACUCAUCGGUCGCAGAAUUGAUUCAACUCAUCGCACGAUUCAAGAACCUAUCCACAUUACGUCUCCUCGUUCGCGACAUUGGAAAACAAAAUACGCGACCACUGUUCGAAAACUGUUCGAAAUUGAGCCAUUUGUCAAUCUGCUGUAAUGAGUAUGCAGACAUGUUUGAUUGGAUUGAAGAGUAUUGCACGCAAAUCAAAUCGAUUGAAGUAGUUAGUGAAUUAAAAUGUAAUGAAAUUCGACGCGCUGACAUGAACACGCUCCACGGAUUACUUCCAAACGGAGUGAUCGAGUGGUUUUUUAUUUAUGAUGAAUAUAUAUUCCCAUUCGAUCAAACGAAAGAUGUUCCGUCAUCACUAAAUUUUUCCUAUUAAGUUAAGUCCGUAAAACACUCAACUACACUAAAUCGAAUCGAUUUGUGAACUCAAUCAAAACAUUUAUUCAUCAUAGAUAUGUAAGAAGAGAUAGAACAAGUAUACAAUGAAAAUAAGAGACGACACUUGGUUGGAAUAUGAUCUUUCUAUCCAUCAUUUGAAUAUAAACUGCAAUUGUUGUUAGAUUAAGUUGAAAAUCAAAUUGGAAAUUCUAAAUGGAAAUCCAAAUGAAAAAUCAGUCUAAGUGAAACAAAAAAAGUUCAGCGAAAUUACUAAAAUCCUUUUGUAAAAUCGUAAUAAUGAGGUGCGACUCGAAAUUCUUCACUUUAUUCGACAAAUCGCGUGGAAAAUAAACUCGAAUUAGUUCGAAUUUCAAAAUUA